AUGCUUGGCGCGUUUUCUCUCCGCAAGAAGUUUGCCGCCACCAUCACCACACGAAUGAGGUUUAUAGCCAGAAUCGGCGCCAUUUUUAUCAUAGCAUUGCCAACAUCCGUUGCAUUCUGCUCAGGCGCUGCAGGUUGUGAGCAUUUGCUGUACAGGCUUCGUUUGGCUGCUAUGAUGCCUCGUGGUGCGGGAGCAACCCUUGCAGCAGUUGCCUUUUUCUUUACCUCGAGCUCGCGCGCGCAGAGCGCGACCACGUCGUCCUCCUCGGAGGCCGACGCAUGCUCAGCAGCCGAGGCUGGGCUCGAUGACCACCCCGAGGUGGAGCAGAUGCGGGCGGUCUUCGUGCAGUCCCGACUGACGGCCCUGCAAAAUCGCACCGCGACCCCCAUCGGGCGCCAGCAGGGGGCGAGCGAGCUCGGCAGCGCGCAGCUGCUGCGGAGCGGCCGCGCCCUGUCGAUGACCGCGGAUCAGCGGGCGGAGUUCGCCGUGCCCCUGGCGUGGUUCCACGUGCCGAAGACGGGGACCUCCUUCUGCAACGCGCUCUACCACACGCCGACGGUGUGCAGGUCCUUCCCCCGUGGAGAACUACAUCGGUGA